UUCAUCUGUUAUCCUGCAGCAGUACCCCAAAACCCCAAAACCGACCUCCAUCACCUGUGGCCCCCAAAAGCAAACUGUUGUCCCCCUGCCCUCCAAUGGCUCCCAAGACCCCCUCCACGGGCAAGAAGAUCCCCACAGGCACCAAGACCCGCCCCAAAAGAGCCCAGACCCCUGUCAGGGUACAGCUUCAGCCGGUCUCUGUGGAAACUAACAACAAGCCCCAUCAGCCAGACACUCCUAAGGAGACAAAGAGCUCCAGUAAUGUUCCUGCUAUAAUGGUGUCUUCGGCGCCGGCGACACAAACAUCUCUUAGUGCACCAGUCACAGUGGCCGCCUCUACCCAAUCCUCAAACCUACAGCUGACUGCCUCUGCUGCCUCAACUCCCACAACUGCCUCCUCUGCUGCCUCAUCUACUGCUGCCACUCUGGCUUCCAGGCCCUCAGCCGGCACCAACGACCCAGAGGAAGCAGCUCGAGUGCUGGCUGAGAAACGCAGACAGGCCCGGGAGCAACGGGAGAGAGAGGAGCAGGAGCGCCUGGAGCAAGAGAAGAGGAAACGGGGUCCUGACCUGACCUCGUCUUUCCUGCCUGUUUUCUUCAUGUCUGUGAUGCACUUAGACUCUCAUCACUGCUCCCGUUCAGCCUCCGCCAGCCCCCUGGACGCCUGCUCCCACCACCACCCUCACCGGGACUCCUCCGAACGCUGGAGGGGAGGAGUGUCCGCCAGCACUCCCGACAUCACACAGCGCCAACGCCGACGGAACUCAACGCUGUUGGAUAAGAAGAAGAAAGAGAAGAAAGACAAGGAGAGGGAGAAUGAAAAAGAGAAAGUUCUGAAGAAGUUACCAAUACCGACCAGAUCCAGGCCGGAGUUCAGCAGUACCCCAAAACCCCAAAACCGACCUCCAUCACCUGUGGCCCCCAAAAGCAAACUGUUUGUCCCCCUGCCCUCCAAUGGCUCCCAAGACCCCUCCACGGGCAAGAAGAUCCCCACAGGCACCAAGACCCGCCCCAAAAGAGCCCAGACCCCUGUCAGGGUACAGCUUCAGCCGGUCUCUGUGGAAACUAACAACAAGCCCCAUCAGCCAGACACUCCUAAGGAGACAAAGAGCUCCAGUAAUGUUCCUGCUAUAAUGGUGUCUUCGGCGCGCGGCAGGCCACAAACAUCUCUCGUGCACCAGUCACAGUGGCUGCCUCUACUCAAUCUCAAACCCACAGCUGACUGCCUCGCUGCCUCAACUCCCACAACUGCCUCCUCUGCUGCCUCAUCUACUGCUGCCAUCUGGCUUCCCAGGCCCUCAGCCGGCACCAACGACCCAGAGGAAGCAGCUCGAGUGCUGGCUGAGAAGCGCGAGACAGGCCCGGGAGCAACGGGAGAGAGAGGAGCAGGAGCGCCUGGAGCAAGAGAAGAGGGAACGGUCCAGUCAGACUCUGGCUGGAAUUGA